AUGCACACUACCAUACAGCUCGAACCAGACGAAAUGCCAACGAACUGGCGCGCAAGCAAAAAAUGGUCGGCGACUCUCAUUAUUGUACUCAUGACCGCGAACAUCACAUUCGCCUCCAGCAUCCACACUGCAGCCAUCAUGGGCGUAUCUGAAGCUUUUCACGUCUCUGAAACGGUAGCAACGCUCCCCGUCACCACAUUUCUCCUCGGAUUUGCAACGGGGCCAUUACUUUUUGCACCACUCUCGGAGGUACUGGGACGAACACUCAUCUUCCGUGUGGUAUUGGGACUAUUCAUCUGUUUCAACCUGGCGUGUGCCCUCUCGCCAAACAUAUACGCUUUACUCAUAUUACGUUUCCUGUGCGGCUUCUUCGGUGCGCCUUCCGUUACGAACAGUGGCGGUAGUCUGGCAGACAUCUGGCCACAGAGUCAAAGAUCAGUCCCCUUUGCGCUGUUCACGACAGGAAGUUCGCUAGGGCCCGUUGUAGCGCCGAUUGUAGGAGGUUAUGUGGCAGAGCACCUCAACUGGAGAUGGCACUACUGGAUCGUCACGAGUGUGUCCGGCGCCGUGUACAUUGCGAUGGUUUUCCUCCUCCCAGAAACGUACACUACGGUACUCCUUCGUUGGAAGAGAGAGAAGACAGGCAUCAAGCCUCCUCGGAUGACGUUCAAGGAACGGUACGCAACGGAUCUGACACGUCCCUGGGUUAUGCUCUUCACAGAACCUAUCCUAUUUACGCUCGGCCUUUACUCUGCGUUCAUCUGGGGCAUUCUGUAUCUAGACUUCACCGCAUACCCGGUCGUUUUCCAACAGGGCCGGGAUUGGAGCCAAGGUAAAUCUGGGUUAUCUUUCAUUGGCAUUGGUGUUGGUAUGGCUCUUGCGACGGCAAGCUCACCUUGGAUAAAUGAUUUGCACGGCGCAGUCGUGCGCAAAAUUGGUCUCAAACCCGAAGCACGACUCCCACACCUCAUUUUCCUGGCGUGGCUCAUACCCACUGCGUUGUUCUGGUUUGGCUGGACUGCGCCUCCACCUACCCAUCCUAUCGUUCCAAUAGCUGCGGGCGUGCCCUUUGGCAUUGGUUUCGUUACGAUAUUCCUAGGCACAAAUGCGUACUUGAGCGAUUGCUACGGUAGAUUCUCUGCGAGCGCAUGGGCUGCUAAUGCAGUUCUGCGAUCUUUGUUCAGUGCUGGAUUCCCACUAUUCGCAAGGCAGAUGUAUGUGCGUAUGGGCACGCCGUGGGCUAGUAGCACGCUAGCGUUCAUUGCAGUGGGGCUUGCGCCCGUACCUUUGGUUCUCUGGAAGUGGGGAGGUUGGUUGAGGGGAAGGAGCCGGUUUCAUAUAUCGACUGUGGAAUUGGAAAAGGAUGAAGAAGGGUAA